UUAAAACCUCAUUUUAGUCUCCAUUCAUACAGCGUAAUUGUUGACAGUUUGGGCAACAGGAUUUUGGUUGAUGUAGCAUGAUUUGUGUACAAACGGAUUGUGAAGAAUGAAGCUGUUGGAGUAGAUUCGUAGACGUUACGAUGCCGAGUGCAAAUAGAGUGGGAAUACAACGACAGCGUUUAGCUUUGACCAUCGACCCCAGCUUGCACCAGUGAAAUCACAGUUCAUCCCGUUAAAAUUGAAGAUGACGGAAAACAACGAAAAGGAGAAUGAGCCGCAGAACCGGGACUUCCAGCGGUCGCCGGGAACUGUGUCCGUUCAGCCUGAGUCUAAGUUGCAGCGUCUGAAGCGCUCCCUGUCCUUCAAAUCAGUGAUGCGCAGCAAGAGCAUGGAGAACUUCUUCCAGAGGUCCAACAGCGAGGCCCGCCUCCCUCCCGACUUCAUCACCGACCCCCCGCCCCCGUCUCCGCCUCUCCUGCUGGAGUCCCCUCUGGCCGGUGACCGCUCCCCUUCCCUCUCCCCUUCCCUCAGCCCAAACCCCUCCCUCUCCUCCCAUUCUCCCUCCCUCAGCCCCUCCCCGUCCCUGUCGACCAAGCCCCCUGCCCAGCUCCGCCCACUGAAGAUGCACUGCUUCCAAGAGCACGUGUUCCGACGUCCCACCCACUGCCAACUCUGCAAGCACAUGAUUGUGGGUAACUCCAAACAGGGCCUGCGCUGUAAAUCCUGCAAGCUGGGGGCUCACCUGUGGUGCUCAUCCGAGCUAUCCCAGCAGCCCUGCAACGGCAAGUCCGGGGCCUUCAAACGGAACUUCAGCUCCCCGUUGCUUGUUAAUGAUCAGCUGGGGGUCGUGAAGGAGGCUUCCACCAACCAAGAGUCGGGGAAGGCACGUGUUGACCCGGUUUAUGAGGCCCUGCGCUAUGGGACGUCCCUGGCACAGAUGAGUCGUUCAAGUUUUGGCAGCAUCUCCGAGUCACCCACCCGCAGCAUGGGGGAGGGAGGGGAAGACAGGGUGGAAAGCCAGCCCAUCACAGAGGAGGAGAGUGUCCAGGAGACAGGGGUGCUCACCCCCCCUGAGUCUGAGGACAGAGUCAGUCUGAAGGCUCCAAAGAGGAUUGAGGUUCACUCCAUCCACACCUAUGUGGCUCUGUACAAAUUCCUUCCUCAAGAGAAAAAUGACCUGGAGCUGCAACCAGGUGAUCGUGUGCAGGUCACCGAUGACUCCAAUGAAGACUGGUGGAAGGGGAAAAGUGGAGACAAGGUGGGCUUCUUCCCAGCCAACUUUGUGCAGAGAGUGCGCCCAGGUGAACGGGUGUGGAGGGUCAUCCAGCCCUUCCAUGGCAGUCGGGAGAAAGGUCAGAUGACUGUGAAAGCCUCUCAGAUCUGUGUGGGGAAGAGCGACGCCAGUGAUGGCUUCCUGAAGCUGACCAGCGGGAAGAAGCGAGGCCUGGUCCCGUGCCAGUCCCUGGAGGAAAUAUGAGCCGUGAGGCCAUUAACGCACCCCCCCCAACCCUGAAAACCACAAACCCGCGCCUGCACAGGACACCUUCAAAGCAGUCACCCCACCCAAAAAAGCAGGGACCCCCACUAAGCUCACAGGGAGGACAGGGUGAGAUGCUGACAGGGGCAGCUUGGAGUCACCAGACCUCAGAAGUCUUACAAAAAGGAGGGUGCAGCUGAACCCCGCUACCUCGCCCUUCUCCCCACGCUCACAUGCACGCCCUCACUCUUCGGCAACGGCAGGCACAGACAGCGAGAGCGGUAAGGCUUAUGGGGCCCCACCCAACUGCAUGGAAACCAUGGAUCCUAUCAGGGCCAGUCACUGUAGUGACGACUUUUGGCCUCAGCCACCGUGAGCCUUCUUCACUAUACCCAGUGGUAC